GAAACUGAAAAGAAUAGAGAGAUGAGUAAUAUAAUAGAGAGGGAAGAUAUGGAUGAAUUGGGAGGAAGAAGAAUGCGUUGGUUUCUGGUGUCGAUCGUUUUAAUGGGGAUUUUUGUGGAAAGAGGAGAAGGGCAGUUGGUGGAAAACUUUUAUAAAUCCACUUGUCCAAAGCUGGAGCAAAUAGUGAGACAAGCGGUUCGAAACAAGUUCUCUCAAACUAUCAUUACCAUUCCUGCUACUCUCCGUCUCUUCUUCCACGACUGUUUUGUUGAGGGAUGCGAUGCUUCCGUCAUGAUUUCAUCGCCAAGCGGAGACGCCGAGAAGGACGCUCAAGAUAACCUUUCCCUCGCCGGAGAUGGCUUCGACACCGUCGUCAAGGCUAAGCAAGCCGUCGAAGCCGCUUGCCCCGGCCGAGUCUCUUGCGCCGACAUUUUAGCUCUCGCCGCCAGAGACGCCGUCGUCCUCGCCGGAGGCCCAAAUUUCAACGUCGAAUUAGGACGUCGCGACGGCUUAAUCUCCAAAGCCUCACGCGUGGACGGCAAUUUACCAUCCCCAAAUUUCGACCUUAACUCACUGACUUCCAUGUUCGCCAAACACGGGCUGUCCCAAACCGACAUGAUCGCCCUCUCCGGCGCCCACACCAUCGGUGCCUCCCAUUGCAACCGCUUCUCGGAUCGACUCUUCUCUGCUUCCGGUGUAGACCCGUCGCUUAACCCUGCUUACGCAGAAGAGCUGAAGCAAGCGUGCCCUCGGAAUGUAGAUCCAGGGGUGGUGGUGAAGCUGGAUCCGAGUACUCCGGACAGUUUCGACAAUGCAUAUUACCGAAAUCUGGUGGAGGGAAAAGGAUUGUUUAGAUCAGAUGAGGUUCUGUUCACGAACUCGGCAUCGAAGGGGACGGUGGUGGGAUUUGCGAAUAAGGGAGGGGAGUUUAAUGCGGCGUUUGUGGGGGCGAUGAGGAAGCUUGGGAGAGUGGGGGUUAAGACGGGGAAGGCUGGAGAGAUAAGAAGAGAUUGUACUGCUUUCAAUUGAUUCUUUCUAAACAAAAACUUCUUUUAUCAAUUAAUUAAUAAACCCACUCGUUAAUUACCAUCAAA